ACUUUUUCCAUAAUCAGCAAGGCGUUGAACGCCUUUCGUCCACGCCCGACUUCGCCCGAGUGCCCGCCAAUCGUAGUUAGUCAAGGUCUCCAAGAACAGCUUGACUACGCACAACCCGCAGAGCCAGUAUGGCAUGCUGCAGAGUACGAGUGUGCCGGCGCCGAAUCACUCGGAGCCUGCCUUCGAAUAGAUACCGGGGAUGGAAUCUGGGUGUGCUGCUGCGGGCACGAGAACCCCCUGGUACACUACCAGGGGGCUUUCCCCUUUAAGUAUCUAAAGUGUGGUCGCUGCGAUCGCAUCCUCUGUCCCAACUGCCGCACGUCCGAGAUCCUAACUCCCAUCCAGUCAAUCACCACGGAAGUGUUGGAGGAUCGAUUCAACAAGCCCGCCGACGAAGUGCGGUACUGUCGAGUAUGCCGCGCCUGCGGGCUCACGCAUCGAGCGGCUAUCGAUGGUGGCCAGAUCGACUUCUCCCACGCGCCAUGCCCGUGUGGAAAGGUAGGUACCGAAGACGGGUCUUACUUCCACAUUGGCGAGGUCGAUGCAUGGCGACGCGAUCCACCUGCCCGAGCAGUCGAGCUCUCUCUCGCGCGAACCAUGGCCGCAUCGAUGCGGUACAUGGAGAAGCAG